UAUUCCAUUUCUAUCUUUUUGAAAGGGGGAAAUGGGUCUUUGAUUGUUUCGUCUGCAAUACUAGUAACUAACUUGUUUUCAGCCUAGCUUCUCGAGCUUCUUACUGUCUUAGGUUGGAAGUCCUUUACCUACUAUUACUCAACGCACAUCUUCGUAAGAGGUCUUUGAGCUUCCAUCUCGAAAUUAUAAUUUAAUUUGAACAGCAAAACUUCGCGAUGCCUCUGGGGUAGAUUGUUGUCUUGGCCCAAAGACACGGCUAUCUAGCAUUGGAUUCAGUCAGCUUGUGAAGAAAUGGGAUGGAGAACGAGACGCCUUCGUACUAUUUAGUUACCGGUGGAGCUGGUUUCAUAGCAUCUCAUUUGUCGGUAGAGUUGGUGAGACGUGGCCAUAAAGUCGUAGUUCUUGACGUUCUUGACUACUGCUCUUCUCUUGCAAACUUGAAAGAGGUUGAAGCAUCUUCAAAUUUCACCUUUAUCAAGGGUGACAUAUGUGAUGAGGAGCUUGUGCGUAUGCUAUUCUCCAAGUAUUCUAUAGGGGCUGUAUUGCACUUCGCUGCUUUGACUCAUGUGGACAAUUCAUUCGGUCAUGCAGAGGAGUUCCAGCAUGUCAACGUUCAUGGCACGCGUGUCCUACUUGAAGCAGCUCGUGCAGCUGGCAUAGACCUGUUCUUGCAUGCCAGUACUGAUGAAGUGUAUGGUAGCAAGGAAACUUGUAGCAAUGAAUUGUCAGAUUGCUCACCCACCAAUCCCUACUCAGUGUCCAAAUUAGCAGCAGAAGAUGCCGUCUUGUCUUACUGGCAAGAUUACAAGCUCCCUGUGAUCAUCACUCGCAGCAACAAUGCUUACGGCCCGCACCAAUACCCCGAGAAGGUUAUUCCAAAGUUCAUCUGUCGACUUCAGAAGAAGCAGGCCUGCUGUAUUCAUGGAUCUGGCAUGCAGAAAAGGAAUUUCCUUUAUGUGACUGACCUGGUAGAAGCUGUGAUCAUUUUGCUGGAGAAAGGUUGCCAUGGGCAGGUCUACAAUAUUGGAUCAGAGCUGCAGAUGUCCAUUGCUGGGCUGGCUGAGGAUCUUGUGCGGCGAGUUGUUGGUGAUUCUGUUCAUCGCGCCGACCACAUCUCGUUUGUCACCGACAGGUGUGUGAAUGAUGUUGGUUACCCGAUGGACUCAUCCAAGCUGUUAUCGCUUGGCUGGAGGCCGCGCACAACCUGGAAUGACGGCAUCGAUCACACAAUUUCUUGGUAUGCAGCAAACUUCCAGAACUGGACAACAACCGAUUCAGCGCUAUCACCGCAUCCCAGCUGACACAAUGCUUCCAUCAACUAGUAUUUAUUUGACGUUUCAUGUUCAGUUUUAUGAAAAUGUAUUUUUAUGCUUUCCAUGGUUUAGGGAGAUUUUCAAUGUUUUAAAGUCAGAAUUAUUUUUAUACUCUCAAGUAGUCAACAUGGCAGCAGGCUUAGCCAAUUCUAUCUGCCCGUUGUCCCUGGUGCAAAUGCGCUUCUUCAUAGUCCUCCGGUAAAUGACGGCUGUUGAUGAA